AUGGCACCAAAGAAGUCGUUGGCGACAGCAAAGAAGUCCCCAAGGGCGACCGCCGCUGCGAUGAGUCGGCGAGACGCGCAGCAUCAGCGGGCGUUGAAGGAGAAGGCGGACCAGGAGGCACUCAGGCAGUGGAUCGAUGAUCACGACCCGUUGCUCGACAAGGCCGCUGCGAACCCAAUUCAAAUGGAGGAGCUCUUCUCGGCAAAGCUGGUGCACCGCACUUUUAUUCAGCGUGGCGCUGGGGAGCGGCCAUACGACUGGAGUGAGUUCCGCAAGGUGCUCGAGAGUCGCACCGCCAGCAGCCCGCGCUGGUUCAUGCAGCUGCGCGAAGAAGACCUGCUCGCUGGCGACGAUGGUAUGGAAGGUGUCACGGUGGACUGCUAUGUCAUUGCCGAGGCCACACAGCCGACGAUGGCGCCGGGGGAGUACAUCGUAAAGGUUCACUGGCCGUACAGCGACGCCGAGGACAACGCCCCAGAGCGCAUUUUGCCGCUGGAGGGUCAGGGCAUGUGCUGGCGGCGCGUUGUGAAGACGGACGGAAGCGAUAUGAACGUGUUUCUUCUGCAGAAGCGCAGCGAGCCCGCCAGUGCGGGCGACAGUGGGGCCUCCGCUACCGCCGUGCUUUCCUCCUCCGCCUUCGGCUUCGGUGCCCCAGCUAGCAGGACACCAGCCGCGCCAGCAAGUGCCUCUGCAGCCACGAGUAUGCCUGGCUUCGUUUUUGGAGGCGCACCCUUUGCAACGGCUCCUAAUCCGGCUACUUUAACUGCCGCCACGACCUCGGCGACGCCAGAGUUCAAAUUUGGCUUUGGCGCUGCGCCUCAGCCAGUGGGCGAGGCUCUUGCCAACACUGCGCCCGACUCCUCCAACGGCUCCUCCUUCGCCUUCAGCUCCGGGAAGCCAGCAACGACGCUCUUCUCCCCAGGCGGUGCUGACUUUGGAUUUUCACCGGUGACGACAACUCCCGCCAGUACCGUUGCCAAGCCUGCAGUAUCGAGCUUCUUUACUGCAGCACCAGUCGCGGAGGAGUCUGGAGAAGUCAAGGUACAGCCCCUCAAGACGUCCGAAGUUCUUUUCGCGCUGUGGUCGCGUAAGCGCCUGGCGGACCUGGCAAAGGAGAUUCGCUCUGGUAGCCGCAUCGUGCGCGAGGACUUCCCGCUGGAUGCCAGCAAGAAGAUCAAGUUGGUCAUGCAGAACGACCGCAAGGACGACGUCGUGGCUACUGUGCGCCGGCUUCUGCUGAACCGACUUUUCGCCAAGCAGGACGACGGCGUGAAGGCAAUCGACACGUGGAUCAGCGACUGCCCAGUUUUCGAUGAGGCGUUGACCUCUGCGCUGCAGGCAUUUCGUGAGCGACAGCUGAACGAGCUAGCGACCAAGUCUGACCUGUUUCAACGCCUCCACGACCAGUAUCACGUGAAGAUGGAGGCGGAGCUGCAGCGCAUCAUUGCCAUGCGUGACAUGGCGGCGAACAAGGAGCUUGAGCGCAUUGAUGCCAUUGUAACUACGAUAAAAGAGCGCAAGCUAGCAGAGAAGCGCAGCUUUCGCCUUCUCAAGUUCUAUGCGAAGAACGACGUGCAAAAGUUCCGACCUUUCGGUAAAAUCAGUGGCAUCUCGGAGAUGGGCGAGUCGGUGGACGUGUGCGUCCCUCCUGCGCACGUGAACGUAAAUCCCUUCACUGGCAAGCCGGCCUAG